AUGAGAGCAGCUCACGCUGUGCUGCUCACUCUCCGGCUCUCGACGUAUCUGUCCGACAGCAACAUCUAUCGGUUAGGAAAGUGCCAGGAUGGUUGGCUCCAGUUUAAAUCUCACUGCUUUAAGGUUUUUACAACAAACGAAAACUUUAAAACUUCUGAGGAAAACUGUGUGUCUGCAGGAGGACACCUUGCGUCUAUGCACAGCAAUGCAGACAAUGUUUUCAUCAAGGAUUUGGUUUGGAACACAACUAACUCAAACGCAGUAACGUGGAUAGGAGCCAGAGAUGCUGGACAGCUGGGCAAGUGGGUGUGGACAGAUGGAUCAGCAUUUGAUUACAGUAUCUGGUCUAAUGGGCAGCCUGAUAAAUACAGUCCUUUGGAACAGUGUGUGGAGAUUAAUUAUCUGGAUCAGUGGAAUGAUGCAAACUGUGACAACAGACAUCCAUCAGUGUGUGCUAAAAGAAUCACCUCACAAUCUGCUAACCCAUCACCAGUGAGGAUGAUACACCUGCAGCUCAAAAUGACUUCAAAUGAAGAUUUAAUGGCAUCUAAUAUUAAAGUAUUUGCUGAACAGCUCAAAGAGAAGAUGAUAAAAAAAGGACUGCCCAACAACUUUACGCUUUAUUUCGAACAGCUUCAGAAGAAGUCACCCUAGGGUACGGAAGGCAGAUUUAUGAUGGUUGGGGGUGGAAGGUUGAAUGGAGA